AUAGCCUCAAUUUUUCUGUGAUAUAAAAUGCGGUGGAUGACACGACACUUUACACUACCAAUUUUAUUGGGUUUGUCUUUAACAAGUAUUAGUAUUGCUGCAUUAUAUGUACUGUACAAAAAGGAUGAAGAAGAUAUUAAGUCUAGAAAAAACAAAGUUGAAGUUUCAAAACAAUUUACAGUGGAAUGUAAGAUACCCAGGCAAUUUGUUCCUGCUGUUAUUGGAAGAAGUGGUUCAGUAGUAAAAGAUAUACAAAAUAAAACAGGAACGCAGAUACAUUUUAAAGAAGAUAAUAUUGAUUGUCCUGAUCGUAUUUGUAUAAUAAAAGGAAACUAUGAAAAUGUACAUUUAGCUGAAGAAAUGAUAAAGUCUAUAGUGCAAAAUCAGCCUAUAAUUGAAACAUAUGUAAUGUAUAUACCUCAAAGUACAUGUGGCGGAAUAAUAGGAAGGGGUGGUGAAGUUAUACAACGAAUUCAAACAAUAUCGAGUGCAAAAAUUAUCAUUGAUAGAAACUAUGAUCCUCAUGAUGCAAGUGCGGAGAGAAUGGUUACUAUAAAAGGAACAGGUGAACAAAUUGCUGCAGCUUUGUCCCAAAUUAAAGACAAAAUUCGUGAAGUAAAAGAAGCACGUGGAAAGUUAGAGGCUUCUUCUGCUUCAAGACUGCCAAGAGGAAAAUUAUCUCCCCGAAACACUAAAAUUAGUACAUCUGAACAGGUUCAAACUACUGAAUCUUUGUCAUUACAAGUUUCUGAUGGCUUGAUGGAAGUAUAUGUAUCUGCAAUGGAAAGUCCUAGCCAAUUUUGGGUUCAAGUUGUUGGUCCUAGUACUACAGCAUUAGAUAAAUUAGUAUCUGAAAUGACUGCUUACUAUAAUGAUGAACAAAAUCAUGAAUUACAUAUAUUGAAAAAUAUAACACUUGGACAAAUAGUAGCAGCAAAAUUCAGUUGUGAUGAACAGUGGUACAGAGCUGAAGUUAUUUCUACUCCUGAAGAUGGUCAAUGUGAAGUCUAUUUUGUAGAUUAUGGAGACCAUGAAAUGGUUCAAGUUGAUUAUGUAUUAGAGCUUCGAACCGACUUUCUCAGCUUAAGGUUGCAAGCAGUCGAAUGUUCGUUAGCCAAUAUUAAACCACGGGAGAAUGAAUGGAGUACGGAGGCUUGCGACUUGUUUGCUGAACUCACUUGGUUGGCUCAAUGGAAAGUGGUGAUUGCCAAAGUUAAGGGUUACAAGGAGCGGACCCUCAGUUACGGUAGAUCUCGACGCGAGGGUUCACCGAUUCCUUGCGUUGAUCUUUUCAAUAAGAACGAAGACAAGGACAUAAAUAUCGGCCAAGAGAUGAUAAACGAAGGCUUCGCUGAGCUGGAGGAGCCUCUGUUAUCGGCAGCCUCUUCAACGCUGUCGCUAUCAACGCAAAGUCACGAAUUCCCGACUAUUUCAAGUCCAGCGUCUACUUCCCCAUUGGUGAAACGACCUAUGACCCCUAAAACAUCGGCAAACUCUUCGCGUACAUUGGGCUCGACCGAUUCUCCAAACCCAGAUGAAUCGGCCAUAGAUCUCGAAACAUCCAGCGACACACCUUCAGGCUUGCAAAUCGAAGAAAUCGAAGAAAUCGAUCUUGUCACACCGCAGAAAAUACACAGACAGAUUGAGGAGAUCGAUCUGGUGACACCGACGAAGGACGAGACGAGCCGUUUCAUCGAGAACAACGGUGGACGUCUGCGAAACGGAAAUAGCAAUCAGUACGAGAAAACACGAAAUCCUCGGUCGAAAACCGACGAAUCUGUGCGAAUCAUCGCGGCUGGCUACGAGAGCGAUCUUUCGGCAGAUUCGGACGAAUUGGAGCUGGGGUAAAUCGAAAACACCAGCUGUGGUUCUCUUUUUCUAUCCAGUUACGCUUUUCUUCUUUUCUUUAACCUCGUAGUUGUUUUAGAUGUGAUGAUUUGAAACAUUGCAAACGAAGCCUUUCCUCGAUAAAAAAGGAAAUGGAAAAAGAGAGAAUAACGUAGAAAACAUGCAACGAUUUAAGCCUUUCACCUAUGCGCUCUAUUUUUUGUUUUUUAAUUUCAUCGUUAAUGUUGUAGUUAGUCUAAGUUUGAGAGAGAUUAUCUUGUUGCAACUUACGGUUCUGAUACUUUCGCAAUCUCGUCGGUCAUAAAGAAUCAUGGAGAAGAAAGUUACUGAGUAGAUUAUAACUAUUGAAGAAUAAAAUUUUAGAGAAA